CGUGUCACAUGAUCUACUUUCUAUUGUCGCCAUUUUGUGAGCUUUUUUUUUUACUGCAUGAGAGUAAAAACCUGCGAAUCAGAAGCGCCGGAGGCCAAAGAUCACUCAGAGUUGCUGUAUCAGUAUGGAGGACAGCAGUGGUGUUGCCAUCGUAGUCCCUUGUUCCAGGGAUCGUCAGGAUGUCUUCACCCCUGAUUCACACAUUCAUGAUAUGGAAGAAGAGCAGGAGCAGCACAAGCAAGCUGCAGAUUCUCUCAUCCAGGUGAUCGAGAAGCUGAGUAAGAUAGUGGAGAAAAGGCCAAGGCAAUGCACCCUCUCAGGGAAAAAGCGUCCUUCCAUGACCUGUGCCUCAGUAAUGGUGGCGGAUAGCAGAGAAGGCAACAGGGGGGUUUCACCAUCCAAAAGAACCAGGGAGCAUAGAGAGGACUGCCAGGAUCUUAGUUGUGCCCCAGUGCCAAUCACAGAGCAGGACACGAUUAACAGAAAUGCCCCCAUGGUUACGUGCUACCAGUGCAGCCUGUGUCGCUUUCUUUCCCCCACGUUAAAUGCUUUGAAAGAGCACAUGAAGCAGCAUGAUGAGCAGCACAAUGACCUUAUUCUCAUGUGCUCAGAGUGUUGUUUUACUUCCAACCAUCAGAAGGACCUGGAGGCGCAUGUCAGGCUCCACUUUGAGGAUGGUGACUACACCGAGAGAUCCCCUGCAGAGCAGCAGACCGGGUCAGUAAAAAGAAAUCUGCAGGGUAGGAUAGGAUACUCUACCGUGAAAUCUGAGCCUGAAUUGGAGAAAAUGCCAAGAACCCCCAAGAAGUGGUACAGGUACGAGCAAGGUCGGUAUCACUGCUUGAUUUGCAGUUAUGAAUGCGGGCAGCAGCGCAAUUUAAAAACACAUGCAUGGAAACAUGCUGGCUUGGUCGAUUGCUCAUACCCUAUAUUCGAAGAUGAUGCUGAUCAGCAUGAGGCUCACCCUUUAUAUACUCUGACCAGCCAUCCAUCCUUAGCGCUGUGUAAAAAGCGUGAGGAUGUUGUGGUUCUUGCACCUUUUGGAGAACAAGCUCAGGUUCUGCGCAGUGCUCGUUCCAUUCAGUUGGAAUUGUGUGCAUCAGCAAGUGUGAAAUACGAGGGUGAUGCGGUGUCAGAGAGAGUGGAGGAACUUAAAAACCCUAUGCAGAGCGUUUUCUCUGUCGAAGGAGCUCUGUCAGAGGAGCCGAUAAGGGAGGUUCAAGUGACUCCUGAGGCUCAAAUGGAGCUGGAGUUGGAGACGGAAAACCAGCAGAUGAGCACUGACAGCUUGUUGUCUUCAGUACAGAAGAUCAUCAGCUCCAGUGGCAACAGUGCUGGUCAUGUCAACGUCAUUGUGGAGAGGCUGCCCUGCUCUGAAGAACCUGUAACCAGCCAGCCUCUGCUCCUCAGCCCAGAGGCGUCUGGAUACAAGACCUUACUAGCUUCCCAGGAAGUGGGAACCGAGAGACAAUCUCACCCCUUGUUUUGUGAGGAGCAGGUUCUGAUUGACUGGAAUGGUAGCGAUGAGCAUCAGGAAAUCGAGAGUCAGGAGACUGGUCCACCUCCAGAGGACAGUGUGCCUCCAGUUCGUAGAAGGACUCACUCAGAGUGCUUGCGAUUGCACUCUUUGGCAGCUGAAGCCCUUGUGGCUAUGCCGUUGAGAGCUCCAGAGUUGAGCAAGUCGACUGUUAAGGGUACUUCGAGUGUUAUUUCUGACACAGGCCAGAAAAUAAUUGAUUUGUCUACUGCUUCUGCUGUAUCUAAUGCAAAGGUACCUUCAGCAGAGCUGGUGGCUGAGAUGCCAGGGUCAACCACCCUUUUGAACCUCAGCCACGGUUCCAGGGAAGGAAUAAUGUUGGAAGGACCUUCGAAAGCUGGAAUCAGCAUCUCUUUACUGACUGUUAUUGAACGACUACGAGAAAGGGCUGAUCAGAAUGCCUCUGAUGAAGACGUUCUGAGGGAGCUACAGGACAAUCCACAGCUUCUGAAUGGCACUAUGGCUACGGGAGAGGUGGAUGUGGCAGAUGAUUCAUCGACCCCAGAAGCCGAUCUGGUGGAGUACAUUGCAGGGAGUGACAGACCCUACCGCUGCCGUCUCUGCCUUUACAGCAGUGGAAACAAGGGCUAUGUCAAGCAGCACCUCCGUGUUCACAGGCAGAGGCAUCCUUACCAAUGCCCAAUUUGCAAACACAUUGCCUUAGACAGCAGCGAUCUGGAGAGCCAUAUGAUCCACCACCGCAAGAGCCGCAUGUACCAGUGCAAGCACUGCCCAGAGAUUUUCCACUAUAAGAGUCAGCUAAGAGACCACGAGAGAGCGCAUCAAGGGAUAAGCGACACCGCAGCGGCCCUCACACCUGUCGGCGAAACCAAAGCGAACGUAGACGAGUCCAUGAUGACUGAAGAGGAUUGUUUCAGUGAACAGAAGGUGUAUAAAUGUGACAUGUGCGAUUAUACCAGCUCUACCUACGUCGGAGUGCGGAAUCAUCGCAGGAUACACAGCUCUGACAAGCCCUACAGGUGCUGCAGCUGUGACUUCGCCACCACCAACAUGAACAGCCUGAAGAGCCACAUGAAGAGACACCCACAGGAGCACCAGGCUGUGCAGCUGCUUGAGCAGUACAGGUGCUCUCUCUGUGGAUACGUGUGCAGUCAUCCUCCGUCCCUCAAGUCUCACAUGUGGAAACACGCCGGGGAUCAGAACUAUAACUACGAACAAGUGAACAGGGCCAUCAACGAGGCCAUGUCUCAAAGCAGCAGGUCUCCAGUCGUGCCUUCAAAAUCAGGCCUGGAUCCAUCUGCAGACAGGUCAUAUAUCAUCCUGAACCAGAAGGAGAAGACGUCUCGUCCUUCAGCCCAGAGAGCGUCGGGGUUACCGGUGAGGAAAGGAGGCACCGGGGUUCCAAAUGCAGCCCUGGAGUACUGCAUGCUGCUCUUCUGCUGCCCGGUCUGCAGCUUCGAGUCCACCAGUAAAGAACAGCUGAUGGAGCACAUGAAGGAGCACGACUUCAUCAGCAUCAUACUUAGCAAGGAGCAGCAGGGAAGAUAGGUGCAUGAGGCCAGCACAGCACCAUGAGGGGAAACCUACAAUCUGCGCACACACAAAAUCUACAAAAAAAAAAAAAGAGCCUAUAUAUACAGUAUAUAUAUAUAUAUUAUGUAUGUCUGUCUUUUUUUGGACACUUUUUUUUUUUAAAUCCUUUUGAUACACUGAUUUACAGAAACUCUGUACUUUUAUUAUACCCUUUUUUUUUUUUCUCCUUCCCUCUUUUUUUUCUUUUUCUCAGUGUUAUUAAGGUUUGUUCGAGCAUAAUUCAGGAUCUGAACGUUUCAUCCCAAACGUUAUCAGACUGAUUUUUUUUUUUAAAUUAACCAAGGAAACAUUCAAUAUCAUAGCGUAAUAUCAUAGGUGGAUAUUUGUUGAUUGAACAGCAUUUCAUACCUCAUGAGUUCACUUUUCUACACCGUAUAAAUGAAGAUCAUUAGGGUUAAUCAUCCAUAGGGCAGCUUCUUCUACUUCAUUGUAAUAUUAUUUAUCAGUAUUCUUUUAUAUAGUCUUCACGGUAAGGGAAGAAAGGAAACGGUUUUAGGUUAAUAGCCUUGUCGUUUGUCAAUAUUUGUGUUAAUAUUUAUCACGCUUAUUUAUAUCUUUUGCAUGCACCCUUCCGUUACGCUCACAGAAAAGGAGCGGAUCGUCGUUAAGCCGUUCUUUUUCCGGUGCUAUUGACGCUUACUUUGGCACAUUUGGAGCAAACAAAGCGUCGUUUCAGGAAUGUAUCUUAAACCUACAGACUAGCCAGUGUGCGGAAGUGUGUGUUUAAAUGCUUGUACUGUUUAAAUACAAAGUCAGGAGACAUUCUAAUGGUCACCGGUCCAAAAAUAUCAGGUAAUAAAAACUCCAUCCAAGGCAAAUACUGUAGCGAAUGCCACAUACGACGUCCUACGUUAAUGUAGAAGGAUUAGAACACAAACAUCAGAUAUGGUGAUGUAAUGUGUCUAUACAUAAAUAUACAUUAUUAAGAUAUUUCUGUUUUAUUUCAUAAGACACCAUUGUCUUACUAGUAACCUUAGCUUAAUGCUAGGUUUCUUCCUUUUGUAUUUAAACGCAUACAAAAACUUGACUUUUUCCUUUUCAAACUUUUUUUUUAAGUUUACGUCUAAGUUACGAUGCGAUAUUUUACGAUCUGCCACAAAUUAUUAUUUAUAUAUAAAAUGUCUGUCGAAUUUUAAACAUUACUGGCUACCUCUGGUCAAAAUGUCCCUGUCCCUUCCUGGAAAAAAAAGUCUUAUGUUAAAUACCUAGGGAUAAUUUGCAUACAUGUACUGAUUUCAUGUCACCAGUUCAUGGGCUUUUAGGUUGCCUUUGGGGAGAACAAUGUUUCAGGCAAAGUAAAUAAUUUUCUGUAAGAAUAUCUCUGGAUCACACCAAAUUUAUGAAUAUCUCGGCCUACUUUACAGACGGAAGAGCAGGCAUCAGGAAGAUAAUGACUUGGUAUGCACAUGGAGCAUGCAAUCACUUGAGCUCAUUGUGCAUUUUAAUCACAGUAAUUUGAGUUUAGCCGGGAUGCUCGGAAACCUUGUCCGAUUCGGAAUUGCUUUCCCGUUAUGUUUCCGACGCACAUGCGUCCAGUCGAGCAGUGGAGAUGCAAUCAGAUGUUAAGCGUACGCGUUCUGAAUGCAAUUUGCCGUUUUGUUGUUCUUUUUUAAUAACAGAGCGGUUUGUUAAUCUGUAUAGACUGUAGAAAAAGGUGGAGGAACAAACUAUAGUCUAGCUAGUUUUGUAUUUUUGUUUUUUUUUGGUGAUAAUAAGCUUUUCGAUUAUGAGUACUUAGCUUAAAUUCUGCACCCACUGAACACUCGCAUACCUUCAAACAUACCGUGCAUCACGUACCUGGACAUUUGACCAAAAAAAACACACAAACGUAGGUGCUGGGUCAGAUAUGUGCCUUCCAUUUUUACUCCUGAUUAGUUCUCUCUUUAAAUCCAAGCCAAAUGUUGCGCCUUAACUGAUCGCAACUGAAUUCGGACUUGAUUUUGUUCUCAUCAAUUUGGUAUUGUAUCGACACAUGGUACUGUAGUACGGCUUUAUAUGUCACUGGCUGUGUAUAUACUGUAGAAUUUGGACACUUUUUUAUUUUUUUUUUAUUUUUAUUUUUUUUUAAAGAAUUUCUAUUUUAAGGUGACUUGUAUACACACUACAGGAAGAAAAUAAAAGUAAUGGAGUAAAAUGAUGGAGUCUAGCCAAAGCGUAUUUAUUUAAAAAAAAAAAAUAAUAAAAAAAAAUAAAACAUGGCCUCUUCGGCUGUAGUCCAGAGUAAUGGAAAGCUUAUCAUCAGAAGUUUGUAAUGCUGCCAAAGGAGGUAGAGGAUCAUAGACUUUAACAUUGUUAAUGCUUUUCAGCACUAUUUUUUAAGUUCAGAUUGUAGUGGUCGUGCAGGGCCGUAUUUCACAAACCUAGUGUUCCGUUCGAUUAUUUAUUUACACUUCAUACACUGUAAAUUGUUAUUACUUGUAUUUUUGGUAUUAAAAACUGAACAAUGA